AGAGAGAGAGUGAGUAAGAGGAGAGAGAAAACAUUCAUUUUCUUCUGCAUAAACCCUAUAUUGGUUGGUUCUCUCUUCGAAAUUGAAUGCCAGUUUGAAUUCUCCGCCUUGUUCGUUUCACUCAUCAAUCCGUUUUAUAGAGAGAGAGAGAGAGAAGAGAUCCAGAUUCGAUGGAAGGAGCUACUAAGCAGGGUCAAGACCGAAUCUCUUUGGCGUCAACGUCAGCGUCAGCCUCAGCCUCAAUAAUCGGACGCAAACCUGCAGAAACCAACUUGAAAGAACAGUCAGUUCCUCCAAAAGAUGAAAGGACUCUUUCUGCAAACACUUCAUCUGAAGCGCCGAAAAUAGGACCAGUAAAAGAUCAGGCAGGUCAGCUGGAAUCAUCUACAACAGGAACUUUCACAAGUCCUUAUCCUUUGGAACAGACUUAUUACUAUGGAGGUUAUGAAAACAACACAAGUAAUUGGAAUGAAUACCAAUACGUCGGGGCCAAUGGUUUGCAAGUUGUACCUCCGGCCAUGUUCAAUGAUAACCCAUCAAUGCUCUAUCAAUCUGGUUAUGGCCUUGAUUCCCAGGUAGCAGCUUAUGGCCAAUUUUCACCUAUGGCUAAUCCUAUGUCUCCUAUAAUGUUUGAUGGGCAGCUAUUUUCUCCUCAUCAAGUGCCAGUUUCUCCAUCUUAUUUUCUGCCACCAGUUUCUCCUGGUCUCCCUCCGUUGUCUCCUGCCCUACCUUCAGUUUCACAACCCGAGCUUAUGACAACUGGAAAUAAUAGUGGCCAGGAGAUUUUCGGUGAGAUGCUUUACGGUCCAGGUCCUGGUUACUUCUUACAUUAUGGAGCUUUAGGUGGUGUAGGCCUUCCUGGAGACCAGUCAAAUCGAUCAAACUCUUCUGACGCUUCCGGUUAUAUCACUUCACUGACAUCACCAUCAGCAGUUUACCCACAACCCUAUGGGAUACUAGGGCCAUACGAUCACAACUUUGGACAGUAUCAUCAAGAACAAAGACCAUAUAAUGGAUUAGGGAUGUCGGGGAAUUCUUCGACUAGGAAAUACCCAUCUAGUGGUGGUUCUUAUCAGAGCUCGGGCUACAAUGUUGGCCCUAUUGAUAGAAGGGGUCGGUACACUCCAGACAAAAGUGUGAAACAAGAAAGGAACCGCGAAACAACAUUUAUGCCAGCAGAUGCACAUGUUAUGAUGUCGGGUGAGCGUAACCGUGGCCCAAGGGCAUCAAAUCUGAAAGGCAAGAAUGCCACCGAGGAGAGUGGAUCUGCCGCCACUCCUAAAAUCAGUGAAUCUGUCUCCGGAACAGGUGGUGACAACUCAUUCAAUCUCGCCGAUUUCACUACUGAAUACAAGAACGCCAAGUUCUUCAUCAUCAAAUCGUUUAGCGAAGACAAUGUUCACAAGAGUGUCAAAUACAAUGUCUGGUCCAGCACACCCCUCGGAAAUAGAAAACUGGAUGCUGCUUACUUUGAAGCUAAAGAGCAAAAAGAACCCUGCCCAGUUUUCCUCUUCUUUUCGGUUAAUGCAAGUGGACAGUUCUGUGGUGUGGCCGAGAUGAUCGGGCCAGUAGAUUUUGAAAACAACGCUGAAUACUGGCAGCAGGAUAGAUGGAGCGGUCAGUUCCCUGUCAAAUGGCACAUUUUGAAGGAUGUUCCAAAUGGUCGGUUCAGACACAUACUUGUCGAGACUAACGAGAACAAGCCGGUUACUCAUAGCCGAGACUCUCAAGAGGUAAAGGUAGAGCAGGGUAUUGAAAUGUUGAAAAUAUUCAAGGAUUACAAUUUAGAGACAUCAAUCUUGGAUGAUUUUAACUUCUACAAUGAAAGGGAGAAAAUGUUAUUGGAAAGGAAGGCUAGACAACAGCAACAACAACAACAACAGCAAUCUUCAUCCAAAAACGCGACUAGUAUAUCUCCCGAUAGCUUUAUUAUUAGUCAAUUGCCCGAGAAGUUUGCCGAAGCUGUGCAGCUGGGAGACAGUAGUAGCAGUAGCAAAGUAGUGCAAAAGCAAACUAAAUGAAAGGUAGCAAGACUGAAGAACAUGGAUAGAGUGAGCUGCUUCAACAUUUCAAACCCUUUUCGAGAAGCUGACUUAUAUCUCACAUAGAUCAAUCAAUCAAACUGUAACUUAUUUCAUAUACCGACAAGGGUAGAGCUAUCGGGUGGUGGUGUUGGAAGAUGAAGUCUUGCCGGAGUUUUUUCUUUUCUGUUUAUUAUCCUUUUAGUUCGGAGAAAGACGCCUAAAUUUUCAUGUUGUAAUCUCAUCUGCAUUUCC